AGUGUGCGUUGCAUAUCCAAUGAGACUCCGGGUGGUUGUCCCACUGCAAAUAAAGGGAGAUAACGGGCUCUUAGUAGCGGCUGAAAACUUUUUAUACUGACAUGUUAGAGCAAUGACUUUUGCGUAACGGCAAAACUGGGACUAGGCUCCCAGCAUGAUAUAGGGUCCUUACGAGAAGAGGAAUAAGGAAAGAUUGUCACGGCCUGGUGGGGGUAAAGAAAGCUGUGAAUCCGUUGAAGUUCAGAAAGAGCGAGCAAGCAAGAUUUCCGAAAGUUGAGAGUAAUACAGAAACACAGCGGCGGUGGAAGAGCUAGUGUACCCAUUUGAAAGAUGAGCUUGAUGUCUGCCAUAGACACCAGUGCCUCCGUGUACCAGCCUGCGCAGCUACUGAAUUGGGUCUAUCUCUCUUUGCAAGACACCCACCAAACUAGCGCCUUUGACGCCUUUAGACCCGAACCCAACUCGUCCCACCCGGAGUUGAACUACUGCAAGACUCCCGCCGCGGACGUGAGCUCGUCCCUCAACUCCAAUUAUCUCAACAAUUUUUUUCAGCACCAGCGGAAUGAGGCAUUGAAUAACAGGGUAUAUAAAAAUGUCUCGCCAUACGACUCGCUCAACAACAUUGUUGACGGACUCAACUCCUUGACGGACCACUUCUCCGACCUCUCCCUCUCCUCAGAGCCCCGCAAGCCCAGCAAAAGACCCCCGCCCAACUACCUAUGCCACCUCUGCUUCAACAAGGGCCACUACAUCAAAGACUGCCCCCAGGCACGGCCUAAAGGUGAGGGUCUAACGCCAUACCAGGGGAAGAAGAGGUGUUUCGGAGAGUACAAAUGUCCCAAGUGUAAGAGGAAGUGGAUGAGCGGUAACUCCUGGGCCAACAUGGGACAAGAAUGUAUCAAGUGCCAUAUCAACGUCUACCCACACAAGCAGGAGCGCGGAGCGGUUCUUAGCAGAGUGGUUGGAAAGGACAUGGAGCGCUGGAACGGGAUUUCCAACCACUCAACUCUGCUCACAUGCUCUUGUCUGGACGCAAUCAGGCUACCGAAAGCGCAUACACGUCCAUUGGAGAAGCCUGAUGGCCUGGACGUCUCAGACCAGAGUAAGGAGCACCCUCAGCACCUGUGUGAGAAAUGCAAAGUCCUGGGCUACUACUGCCGACGCGUGCAAUAACACCUUAACAUAUACUCCCGCCCCUUGCUUCAAUCCUCCCCUCCCUCUCAUCCAUCCAUCCUCCUUCUCCUUCUCCUCUCCCCAUCUCCAUCACCUGUUCCUCACCCCUUCCACUCCUCCUCCCCCUCCCUUGUUCCUCCUCCCAUCCCCUCUCUGAAUUAGCCGUUAAACCUCCUUUUGGGGAGGUUUGUCACUAAACACAGUUCCUGGUCAUUAUCCCUACACCUACUGGCCCUUUCUUAAUGGUAAAGGAGUGAGAGAAACUGAUCCAAGAUCUAUACUUAGUGAUUAAAAGCCCACAAAGUGCUCUUUCUAAACAGUGAUAAAACCCCACAAAGUGCUCUUUCUAAACAGUGAUAAAACCCCACAAAGUGCUCUUUUUAAACAGUGAAAACUUGCCUAAAUAAUUGUAUGUAAAUAUCCUCAAUCAUGACAGGGCCUUGUAGCCUUGUGUACCCCACGCAAUGUGUGUGUGUAUAAUGUGAUAUUGUUCUCACUGACAGUAUUGCCCUCUCUUUGGUUUCAUUACCUCACUUUGGGCUCUGUUGAUUUUGUGGUUACAGAAGCGUUUUCCCUGCCAAGUGAAGUGUGUGUGGAUGUUCUGAGUAUUAAAACAGACAGAGACAGGGCUUCUAGUGAUGGUAAUGUAACAAAGGUCCCUAAACCUUCUAUCGUCAUGGGCUCAAGUCGGGGUCAAUGUCUGGUCAAACGUCAACCUAUACAUUAAUAACUGUGAAUGAAUUAUGAAUUGAUUAUUGAUUGAUUAACGGAGGGAUACCGCACCAUACCUCCCUGGCUUACAUGUUAUAUGUGGUGUAUUUAUUAUUUGUCGUCUGUUUGUCUGUUGUGCAAUUUUGAAUUGAUUUUAACUGGGAUAUAUACAAGUUACUGUCAAAAUCUAGGAAACACCAACAUAAAGUGUCUUAAUAACAGGGCCAGAGCAGCUUCAAUGAACCUUGGCAUAGAUUCAACAAGUGUCUGGAACUCAAUAGGAGGGAUGCGACACCAUUCUCCCAUGAGAAAUUCCAUAAUUUCGUGAUCUGUUGAUGGUGGUGGAAAACGCUGUCUCGGGCGCCACUCCAGAAUCUCCCGUAAGUGUUCAAUUGGGUUGAGAUCUGGUGACUGAGACGGCCAUGGCAUAUGGUUUACAUUGUUUUCAUGCUCAGCAAACCAUUCAGUGACCACUUGUGCCCCGUGGAUGGGGGCAUUGUCAUCCUAUGGUGGCAUAGCCAUGGUAGCCAAAACAAUGGCAAAAAUCAUGGCCUGCCCAGCAUUUUUAUACAUGACCCUAAGCAUGAUGGGAUUUUAAUUGUUUAAUUAACUCAGGAACCACACCUGUGUGGAAGCUCCUGCUUUCAAUAUACUUUGUAUCCCUCAUUUACUCGUGUUUCCAUUAUUUUGGCGGUUACUUGUGUAUGAAUGUGUAAUAGUAUACGUGUGUAUGUUUUUAUAUCAAAGUAUUAUUGUGUAACUGCUUCUAAUUGUCUAUAGAAACUACUUUAGGUUGAGAAUCGUUCUUCGUUUAGAUGUAGUACCGUGAUAAUAACAUUCAUGUUUUGUAUUUAACAUGCUAUGCAUUUACGUCAGCAAUGAAAUUAGUGUUGAGGUAUUAAUCAAGAUUUACAAAUUGACCAGCUUUGAAAAUUCAUGUCCAAAGCCAAAUGCAAUAAGAGCCGUUUCUGUUAUGAUAAAGACUGAAUAUCCAGUUCCUCUUAGCCAAUAUAACAUUCAUACAGUAUUUAGACUCUCAAGUGUUAGAUUGAACCUAUCUGCAAUGCUGUAGUCUUUUUUUGCCUACCUAAUUUAAUACUUUACUUCCAAAUAAUCAUUUUAUUAUUGUAAUGAGUUCCUUGAAAAGUAAUUCCGUCCUGUACUCUAUGUAUGCAAACAAUAUUCUUAUUAAGGACUCAACGUCAGUAGUCUAUUUGGUGUAGGAUGCCGGUAGAUUGACAUGGUGGAUUUUAGUUGAUUAGAACUGGUAUUUAAUCUGGUAUAUACAGUAAAUAAGCCAUCCUUAUGCAUUUCAAAGUGGUUUUAUAGUAUACAUAUAGCAUUUGCAAAUUCAGAUCUUUUUUAGGACUCACACCUGGCCAAUAGAGCUGUUCCAAUCUUGUAACGCUACUUUAAGACAGCGUUACUUACCUAGAAACAGGACAGUGAAUCGAACUAAUAUCUUUUUCCAAGGGGUUUAACCCCUUCAUAGUGUGUCAAACAGGUGACAGCAGUAGAGGAUGUCUGGGGAGAGAGAGAGGUGAAGGGAUGUAGGUAAGAUGAAUAUAAUGUUUGGUGAAGAAAAAAUAAGUGGGAAAGUUGUCUUGUAACAGACGUAGCCGUGUUUUGUUUAUCGGGGGACGUUUUGUAAGUGUGAUGAUGGAUUAAGUUUACGUUUCUGUGUGUUUGAUACCACAUCAUGAUAUAAGCAUUAAGUAAUGUCUUUAAUAGAGGAGGUAACUAACCAUUAUCUCUGUUUUCAAAGAUCUAGGCCUAUACUUUAAACUUUAUCGUUGGAGAAUCUAGAGGGAAGAAUAUCUUUGAUCUAACAUUUUGUAACGUUAGGUUUAGUUGUAUUUUAGCGAUAGAGGUUCUUGACACUUUUGGAACAUUUACGUUGUGAGUAUAGCUGAAGAGAAGUUUGCUACCAAUUUUCAAAGCUGAGGUGUAUUUUUCAAAUAAAACACAUUAGUUUCUCAAAUAUUUAGAAUGUGUUUAAUGGUUCUAUAAAGGUUGAAUUAAUAGUUGUAUAUUUUAUAUUAUCUUAAAAGUACCAAUGUGCCUUGUAAAAAGAGAGUAAUUAUUUAGAAAAAUUUGAAGGAAAUGAAAUAAGAGGAGAAUUGAACUUAGUUUGGAACUGGAUUAAACUAAGUAACUCUGAGGUAGUGUUUUGCCAAGUUUGAUGCAAGUUCAAGAUGUGAAUACAAAUGGGAAAACAAAUAACCUUACCCCAUUAGAACUGAGAAGUUUCAACUGGCUAAUGUCUUCCUCUACACCAUUUUUUUUAGUUUGGACGCAGUAACUAAAGCAUCUGGCAAAAACAAUCACACACACUGUAGCUAGUCUGUUGUCAUGGAAUCAACAACGAUGUUAUUUUGAAGUCAGUACACUAAUGUGAAUGAGGUUUUCACUAAAAGCUGUAUACCUCAUCCUCGUUCUCCGGGAUUAAAUCUGAUCUCAUUUGGGCUUUUAAAGGCAAUUUCCGAUUGAGACGAUAUGCAGUGUUUACUGUGAAUGGGAUCUCCACAAAUGCGCAAACAUUUCCUUUAAAAGCUGCAAUGCCUAUAACUCGUGAUCGGAUUGAAUCCCGUCCUUGAGAUGAUAGUCUGUUUAUGACUUAAUGAUUGAUUUAACAAACACAAGUAGGAGUUUAGUCUGUUGUCUUACAUACAAUGGGUGGAUACUGAACAAUACCCUUAUGCAUCAUUUGUCAAAACUUGGACAUCACACUCAGUUGGUUUUAGUUAUAUGGGGAGGUGAAGGAUAGUUAGCCUGUUUCCAGAUCUGUUUGUGACUCUUGACAACCCCUAUAGUCAUUGUGACAGCACAAUUAGAUCUUGAACCGGCCUACAGGAUAGUAGUCUACUCAUAAAAUAUUAGGCUUUAUAAUCGCGAGGAGAUGCAUCAUAGCCAUUAUAUGGAUAUUGUAUUAUCAUCUGAACAAAAAUGUUUUUUUUAAUCAUAUUUGAUGUGAAUCGUAUUGAUGUUGAGGGUUUCGUUCGUUGAUUACAGGUCAUAGCAGAUUAUUACACAUAAUGUUGGGAUCAAUUCUAUAUUUUCAGUACUGUAGCUAAUACAAUUGAUCUGUUUCUCUGUCAUAUCUAAUAAGUGUUAUAAAACCAACUACAACCGAGCAGAACACUUCUGAUAUCCUAUCUUUACAAUAUAUUCUAGUCUCUAUUCUCUUCCCAACAGUAGUGUAUGUUUCCAUUAGCCAUCUCCGUUAGCUUGUGUAUUAGCCAACUAAACCUAGGCCUAGAUUCAAUCAGCUGCACAGCUGAUGUGUUGAAGGAGUCGGAGGUAUAACUGCAUUGGAGCUGUCUAAUCAGUGAGCAGCUGCUCUUGAUCAUUGUCACGAAGCCACACCCAUCCCACUUGCGUUAGAAGAUCAGAAUGAGAAAGUGUAGGCUAUAUAGAUUUAAUAAUUAUGCUCAAAUUGAAAAUCAUUCAAAUAAAUAAUGAGGGCCUCCCGAGUAGUGCAGUGGUCUAAGGCCACUAGAGAUCCUGGUCCGAGUCCAGGCUCUGUCGCAGCCGGCCACGACUGGGAGACCCAUGGGGCGACGCACAAUUGGCCCAGCAUCUUCCGGGCAGGGCGGGUGCAUUGCACGCGGACACGGUCGCCAUGUGUACAGUGUUUCCUCCGCUGUUGGCUUCUGGGUAAAGCGGGCAUUGUGUCAAGAAGCAGUGCGGCUUGGCGGGUUGUGUUUUGAAGGACGCAUGGCUUUCGAUCUUCGCCUCUCCGGAGUCCGUAUGGGAGUUGCAGCGAUGGGACAAGUCUGUAACUACCAAUUGGAUACCACGAAAUUGGGGAGAAAAAGGGGUAUUAUAUAUUUUUUUUAAUGAAUAAAAAGAAAAAAGAUUUCUAUCAGCCUAAUCGAGGUGUAGAUUACAUCUCACAUUCCAGUCUUCGAACUUGUGAACAUGGCUGCAUGGGAUAUCUCUUACUGCGACUCUUUCCAGCCAAUGGCAAUGCCAUUUUCCACUUUAGGUACAGUAUAAUUCAAGGACAACUCUAACUCCGUUCCACCUCCGACACUGCCAAAACAAUUGCUAUGCGGAUGACAGCUAAAGCAGAUCUAAUUGAAUAGAACCCCUAAAGUGCUAAUACUGAUCAAAAUCGAUAUGCAUUAGGCUUAUGAGUGCUCUGACUUUUAAAUCGAUAUGCAUUAGGCUUAUGAGUGCUCUGACUUUUAAAUCGAUAUGCAUUAGGCUUAUGAGUGCUCUGACUUUUAAAUCGAUAUGCACUAGGCUUAUGAGUGCUCUGACUUUUAAAUCGAUAUGCAUUAGGCUUAUGAGUGCUCUGACUUUUAAAUCGAUAUGCAUUAGGCUUAUGAGUGCUCUGACUUUUAAAUCGAUAUGCAUUAGGCUUAUGAGUGCUCUGACUUUUAAAUCGAUAUGCAUUAGGCUUAUGAGUGCUCUGACUUUUAAAUCGAUAUGCAUUAGGCUUAUGAGUGCUCUGACUUUUAAGGAAUAUAAGGAUAAGAAUAUCCUUAAGAAUAUAAGGAAUAUCAUGAAGAAUAUAAAGAAAAUAUAAAAUUGCCCAAUAUAUUUUUGUGGGAAAGUCUGAUUCCGUCCAGACCAGUUUGUGAAGAAGAAGCCAUGUGUUUGAGAUGGUAUAACGAGCCAAUGGAAGCAGUUCAUACAAUGUGUUUAUUGUAUUUAAAACGUAUACAAAUGCUUUUUCAGAUGUGUUUUUUUGUCUUGAAUUUAGGGCUGGAUUCAAUCCGUAUCGUGGAAGUAUCGCAGAAGAUCAGCGUAAAAAUGUAACGGUAAUUUCUGAUUGAGCCGACAUAAUCAGCAUUUAACGUGAAUACAGUCUCCACUAACAGGGGAACAUUACCUUUUAAAUGUAAUCUGCGCUAUAAUGCGGAGCUUCCGUGAUGCUUCUGCGAUACUGAUUUAAUCCAGCUCUGACAUAUACUUGAUUUUUCUAGUUUCUUUUCGGUAUGGGUUUGUUAUUUUCUAUGAAAGAUUUGUGUAUUUUGGAAAAAAUACUUUAUAGAUGUAAAAAAAAAGAAGAAAAAAAAUACAUUUUACAACUGACUGUUUAUGUAUAUAUUAGAUGGCCAUAAUUUUUAAGGAUCUUAGCUCCUCUGAAAUGUAAUGCAAUGUUGAAGCUUUCUAUGUGAAAAAGGGCCUAUAUUGCUGAGAAACAAAUAAAGCUGGGAGUUUUUUUGUUGAUGUUUUACAAUGACCUGAGGGGUUAAUCCUACAGAAAUAUUUAUGAAAAUAUUUUUUACAACACUUUUAAAAAAUAUAUAAAAUAAGCAACAGUUACACUAAGAAGAAAAUAUUGAAAUACAUAGAUUAAAAAAGUUGGUACAUAAUUAUGAAUACCCUUUACUCAAUUAUAAGCCAUUGUAUGUUUUUUUUUGCGGUUAGAAACUUUAUCAGUAUUGCAUAACCCAGAAUGAUACCCAAGUGCAUUAACUAAUAUGUCAAUGAGUUACAAUUUUUGUCCUUUGAAUGGCAUGCAUUCAUGUCGUAUUACGAGUAUUGCAUUGUUAUGAAAAUGGCAGACAUAAUUACCAAUGUUUCGUUAUUCCAAUUCUAUAUCAUUGAUUAAGAUGUUACUAGGUUAAGCAAUAAUACUGUUUUGUUAACAUGCAGAAGAAAUCAUCUUUAUAUUUGAAUGACUGAUACUCGCCACUAUAUAAGCACAUUCAACUGUGAGUUCUAGUUUGCCAAAGCAGCUACAACAAGGACAUUUGUGAAAUAAUUAUUUUGAUUCAUACUGUAGUAAACCUGGACUCAGGGGUAGACUUAACAUAGUAAACAUAAGUCUCCUUCCGUGUAGUAUAAUAUGUUAUGUUUCGUAUGGUAUGGUAUGUUACAAAUUCCAAUUUGUUGUGGGUAAUGUUAGCUAGGUGGGUAACUGGCUAUAGUUAGCUAGGCUAGGGGUUCGAGUUAGGUUAGGGGUUAGGUUAAAGGGUUAAGGGAAGGGUUAGCUAACAUGCUAAGUAGUUGCAAAGUUGCUAAUUAGCUAAAACUGUCCGUGAUGAGAUUCGAACACGCAACCUUUGGAUUGCCAGAUGUUCACGUUAUAGGUUAGGGGUUAGGCUAACAGGUUAAGGGAAGGGUUAGCUAACAUGUUAAGUAGUUUCAAAGUUACUAAUUAGCUAAAACUGUCCGUGAUGAGAUUCAAACACCCAACCUUUGAGUUGCUAGACGUUCACAUUAUAGUAACCUUCUGUCUCAUGUAGCCAUACCAAACGUAACAUGUCAUACUAAUUUGAGUGUCCUGAAUUUAUAUUUAAUAUGUUACGUCUAGUCUAUGAGACCAAGCUGUAGUUCAGAGUGUAACUUACUUCUGUUAAUCAAGUUUGUGAGACAAAAUUACUAUUAUAGAGUUUGCAUGUGCAUGUGUUUUGAUUUUAAAUGAAAAAUGUGUAUUACUUCGUGCAAUGUAUUUAAUUUUAGCACUGUAACGUAGUUGGCUACAUACUGUAAUGGGCUAUAUAGAGUCUGUCCUUAAUAGCACCCUAUUCAUUUUAUAGUGCACUACUUUUGACCCAGCACAUAGGGCUCUGGUCAAAAGUAGUGCACUAUUUCGAGAAUAGGGUGCCAUUUGGGAUGUACAAUAGUCUCAGCAUUCUCAACAACUUCAAAUUGAUUGUUACUAGUCAUAAAAAUGUAUCGUUCACUGAUAGUGUAUACCAAUUUAUACAUACUAACUGAAUGUAGUGUUUUAACACUUAAGUGGUCGAUUAGACAUUCAUGUUUGUUCUUUGACGUCUGUAACGUUUUGAGAUUGUAUGCUAGAAUUGGAUUGAGUGAGUUAGGAUGAUGAGUGAAAAGUCGUUGUGGAAAAAGAAAAUAACACUUCUGUUGCAACACGUCCCUGAAAUGGCAUUCCCAAAUGUGCCUUAUUUGUUAGUUAAGAAAACAACAAACUACUUUCCCACUGGGCACAGACGUCAAUUCAACGUCUAUUCCACGUUGGUUCAGCGUAAUUUCAUUGAAAUUACAUGGAAACAACGUUUAUUUAACCAGUGUGUGCUCAAUGGGUUAGAGCUUUAGUGCUAUUAGGAAUUUUGAUGAAUAAAAUAAAUGUUAAAUUCGAAACAUUUGGAUAGUGUUAUUUUUCAGUGCAUUGUUGAAUUUGUACUAUUCAAUAUACUGCCGUUGCUUCUUAGUUCACCUCGCCCACUGAAAAGCUAGAUAGAAUUUCACCAUAUUGCUUAAAUAGAACUAUCCAAUCCACUCAAAUCUACACAAGUACCCAGGGGUUAGGGAUCAGGGGCUAUAAUACAACAAUACAGCUUUAGGGCUCUAUGCAAUCCAUAGCGCUGAAGAUCCGCUUUUUAGCACAAUUGACAAUUAUGUUCCCGUGGUCGCGGAGACUGUAUUCAUGGUAAACAUUGCAUACUGUAUGCCGGCUCAAUUGGAAAUGACCUUUACAUUUUAACGUAGAUCUUCCACGAUACUUCGGCGAUACGGAUUGAAUCCAUCCAUUAUUGUCCAUAUGUUACAACGAAUAAACAGACAUUUGUUGUCUACUCAAUUCUACUCAACGGUGGGGCUCAGGGCUGGUUCAAAUACUGUUUAAAAUACUUGAAACACUGAGUGUUUGCUCUAGCCCACCUCGAGUGUCGAUGGACAUGGUUUGAUGGGACUUUUCAAUGGUCCAUUAAGCCAGGCAAGCUCAAUAAAGCACAGAUCAAGUAUUUCAAAUAUUAUUUGAACCCAGGUUUGGUCUGCACUGCGGAGGUCUGCUGGUUGUGUAAAGGAGAAAUUAGGACGAUGCCUCAGGAAGCUGUUGUCAAGUCCUGGAGGUCCUAUUGUAGUUCAGACUAGUGUUGAAAAGAUCCGGGGUAGGGAAAGUGACUGGUUUAUUUCAACGCUUAUUUCAACACUUUUACUAUUACCUUGUCAUUUGUAUGAGAUAUCAAGACUUCCAGUUCUGUACUUAUAAAACCUUUUCU